CUCAAGGGAAAAGUCAUUGUUGUACUAAGCCCCAAAUCUUCUGAAACAUACCAAAAUGAGAGAAACAAAUCACAAACUAUGAAGCCCUGAAGAUCUAUCUGACAUCCAAUUACUUUAUGGGGUUAAAUUUGGUUUGUUUCAUAAAUAUGUUAUAUUAUUCAUGGAAUUGAUUGAUUCCUGUUGGUUGGUGUAAUUAAGGAAACAUAAUCAUCUCACAACAACCAUCCUUUUUACUGGUUCUUCCUUCGGCUCUCCACUCUUUCACCUGUAAAGUAAAAUUAGUGUUCACCUAGAAUCAUGGAGUUUUAAUGUUUUUCAUAAACACCCCAUUUGAAUUUUUUUGGCAUGCUGCGUUCUCGCAAAAAAAAACUGAAAUAGCCAUAUAAAGCUUGAAGUAGCAGCACAAAACCAAAAUGAAAAAUAUAGUGACCAAAGUGAUUAUUAACACCAAACAAAAAACGAACAAAAGCAAGACAUUACCAGAAACUCAUUUUAAUCUAUCAUACCGCAACACCAUAGCAAACUGGCACCUAAGACAUUAGCAAAUAAAUUAUGUAAUCCACCGGAUUAGAAUGAAAACGCAAACCAUAAACCCAAACGCAAUUGAUGAGACUCAAAUUACAGCAAACAACCAAAAAGAAUGGAACAAUUGUAGCAGGAUAAAAAGGCAGAGUGGAAUGACCUCAUCAAAUAGAGGUCAAGGUCUCCGCAUCAAAUUGGUGAAGGCAGCUCUCAGCGAACAGAAGCCACCGGUAGCUGCUCUUUCGCCAGUUUCAAGAGAUUGAGUGUUCAAGAAUAACGAAAAUACAUAAGCAAACUCAGUCUACUGUUUCUACUCUAUACUCAUUAUUCACACAGAGUUCGAAAACAAUAUAUAGUGGAAGAUGUACUUAUUUAGCCUAAUCUGUCUUCCAAACUGCUUUAUUGUCUUUUUUACUGCAGAAGGUUCUUCGGCGGUUCACCUGCACCAUGAAAAUGAUACGGGUGCACUUAUCGACAGCCUGCAACCCCAUAGAAAACCAGCAUUAUCCCUUGAACCUUUUGUCCUAUCGAUCCCUCUCCUUCCAACCUCCAAGGAACAACUUUGAGUCUUUUAGCUGCGUCAUGAAAAGGAUACUGUUGCUUGUAUGUACGCGUUGACCUGUGAACUCACAAUGGUAAUCAUAGACCAACUAACCAAGAGAGACGCUUAGAGAGUGAGUCCAUUAUUUGGACAAACCUCAUUUUAAAAUGUGUAUCUUUAAUCCAACAACUCUAAUCAAUUAGUUCUCUUUUCUUUACCUGUGAUUCUCGUCCAUGACCAAAGAGCUCAAAGAAGGCAGCUCAAGCCUCAAAGGAUACAAAACUAUUAAUGCUGCUCCAAAGAGAAUAAUAAAAUGUAAUGCGUGUUCAUUUCUCUUACCACUCAUUGAAGAAUAGGCUAUAAGGAUGAGCAAAAGCAGAAUAAGUAAAGGCUCUAAAAUGGGUUAUUUGUUCUCCAACUUUAAUUGUCAGAUAGAACUCAAAUCUGAUAUAGAUCUUGAAAUUGUCAUUGAAAAGACAAACAAAAAGAAUCACCAUUUUCAUCAGCUAUGAUCUUCGAUUUCCUCCUUUCAUCAAGAUGCAACACAGCAAGACUCUGUUAGCAUAUUUUUUAAAAAAAAACAUGAUGAAUAAAUACGGCAUAAACGAUUUUAGUUAGGUACUCAUCUUCCCAAUGAUCAGGAAACCAUAAGCCAAAUUCCCAUCUUGAGGCUGCUUUGAAACAGUCAUAGUUCUGAGUUCUGACAGCUAUCUCACCGUGGGAGGCCUCAUCUACAACAAAACUUACCAGAAAUUAGUUGCCAACAAUCACGAUAAGCCCUGGUGAUUUUCAUGGAAUCUAACACUCCUUCAUCACAACACGAAUCUCCAUUGCUUGUCCAAUGGGUUCAUCACCCACCACUACUAACAGCUUCCUAAAAAGAGGCUAAAUAAUGUCAUAUGUGGAGGAAAAUAGAGAGAACCCAAAGAAACUUAGCUAAUAGCAGAGUAAACUGGCAAGAAUAAAAGAAUGGAAAUCUACAAACUCAAUCACAAAAUAAUUGGAGGGACCACUGCUUAUAGGGCUUAUGGUUCCUUUUCUAUUUGUUUGAUUUGGGUUCGUAGCCUCCACCAUGAAUCUCCAACGAAAAUCUGUGUUGUUUGAACCUGAAGCACCCAUUCUCCCCCUAAAUGAUAUAUGGGACAAAGAAGAGGAAGACCGUGAGAUACUCUCUGUGAAGUAAACAAAAAAAUCGAGAUGACAUACUUAAGGAAUUCCUCGGGCCUAAUUCGGAUCCAUAACUUCAUAUUCUCUAUUUCCUUGGAAAGAUCCAUCUUCUUCAUCCACAAUCAGCAAGCCUUACAGCCACAAAGAGAGUCCUUCCCCAGGAGAAUACUUGGUAUGCAUCACCUGAUCGCUACUGUCAGAUCCCCGUGGAAUCCAAUGAAUCAGAAUGAAAACUUAAAUCAAAACCUAAGUAAACAGAGAGAUAAACACAUGUGUUUCUAACUUUCUAUAGUUCAAAACUUUUCUCACCAUCGAAGAGAGGAAUUUGACAAUCCGCCAAUCACCAUGGGACGAACACCUUUAUGGUGUCUCUUCUCUCCUCUUCUUCCUUAUUACUUCCAAUGCCACAUUGCCCACUUCUUCUUCCCCUAAACCGCAGCGCCACCAUUCUCAAUCUUCUGCUUACCCCGAUUCCACCGCCGCUGGACAAAAGUAACUUCAACUCCGUCCUUGUCUCCCUCCUCGACUCCCACUACACCGAGCUCGGUGACCUUGUCGAGAAAGCACUCCCCACGCUCUAGAGUAAUCCGUCGGCAACCACACAUAACCACCCCACACAAUGGAGCCCUCGAGCGUCGCCUCGACUCCGAGUUCAAGCGCUUCCUCCUAAAGCCUCGCAACCUCCACUCCCUCCGCAGAACAACCUUCGUUGGCAGUGACGGAAGAUGAUUUCAGCCGCAAAAAAAGUAGUGGGAACCGACGGUUUCUUAUCUCUCCUGUCACGCGGGGAUUUCUAAUUUAAUCCCGUGUAACCACCCUGCCACGUCAGACUCCUAAAAUCACUCUAUGCGCAAAAAAUUUGAAUGGGGGUUGCAGUUUUACUUUUCAGCUAUAAAUUAUACUGUUGAUUAAUUAAUUGUUACAACAGAAGUUGAACUCCUCACCAAUUAUAAGUUUGUGCGAGUUAAUGACACAUACAACACACCACACAAACAUAACAGUCGAAGAAAAAUAUAACUAUAUAAGGCAUAAUUUAAAUUGAUGAACAAAACACAUAUAACAUAAUGGCUUCCAAGCUUGGGGAUGCAAAGGAAGAGCGAGAAGGACAACAAUGUAAUGGAAAACACAAAUAUAUGUUUAUUUCACCGAUUUUGAGCUGAGUGAUCAAACUUGCAAUUACUAAAACUCUUUAAAGCCUUCCCCUGUUCCCAUUAGAGCGAUCACCCGAACUUGCAGACCUUAUUUUUUGGCCACUCGUCUCUAUCAAGACUCAAAAAAGUGUUCGCGUUUCCCCUUUUCCAAGCCGAUUCUCUUGGCACCACAAUGUCCGAUCACCUUCCCCAAGAUCUCGUCACCAAAAUUCUCGUCCGCCUGCUGCCGCCGAACGUCUCUUUCUUUCCUCUUCUUUCUCUGCGGCCCGGAAAAACUCAACUCAAAAUCGGCAGUCGGCUGCUCUCUGGAAGACAGUCUAAGCGAAGUGGAAUUUAAAGUAAGCAGCUUUGGUACUUUCAAGAGAAAGGGAAAAAUAAAAAAUCCCCUUUUGAUCUCUAGAGAAUCCAAUCAACAGAAUGAAGCAAGGAAGGUAAGAGAGAAUAAAGAAAACGGAAUGAAGGAAGGGAAAUCAGAAAUAAAAAAUACAAAUUAAUACAAAUUAAAUGAGAACGUGGGCGUGGAAGGAGAAAAUAGUGGGUAGUGGAGAGUUUUUUGGUUCUGAAAUCAAGCAAAAAAAAAAAAAUGAGAACGUGGGCGUGGAAGGAGAAAAAAGUGGGUAGUGGAGAGUUUUUUGGUUCUGAAAUCAGGCGGGACUCCUUUUUUUCCCGCUUAACACUCUGCCACAUCAGCUUCCUAAAAUCACUCUAUGGGCAGGAAAUUUUGAAUGGGGGGUGCAGUUUUACUUUUCAGCUAUAAAUUAUACUGUUGAUGUGCAGAAGACCAGCAUACAAUAUGCUUAAGAAAAAAAGAAGAAAAAAGAUAAGGAAGCCAUCGGCUAUUCUUUCGGCUGGUUUGUUGUUGCUGGUUAGAGAAUGAUAUAAGAUCCAAUAUGACCUUUGCCUAACAAUUUGAGUUAUUGGACCAAAUGAUUUAUGACAUGGUAUCAUAUAUUUCACUAUAACAACCGUAGGUCUCAGAAAGUUUCGAGAUACAAGAAAAUAGAAUUCACUGUGUUUCCCAAACAACCUCACAAGAAAUCUUUUAUCUAUCC